AGGAAAUUGUAUUCUGCCAAAACCUGAAUGCCGCCUGUUCAAUCAGAUUAACCGGAUAACUGGAAUUCCACAACUCCUGCUGCAACAGAGCUCCCGAAUUCGAGCUUACAAGAUGACCGUAGUGGCAGGAGAUAACAUGGACGAGACCGUGGCAGUGCCGGGGCACCCGCAGGACUCGUACCCCCCCGACCACGAAGACCACGACUGCUGCGAGAGGGUGGUCAUCAACAUAGCGGGGAUGCGGUUCGAGACACAACUCAAAACUCUCUCCCAGUUCCCCGAGACAUUGCUAGGCAACCCCAAGAAGAGGAUGCGCUACUUUGACCACCUGAGAAACGAGUAUUUCUUUGAUAGAAACCGUCCCAGUUUCGAUGCUAUCCUCUACUAUUACCAGUCCGGCGGUAGGCUGAGAAGGCCCGUCAACGUCCCGUUGGACAUGUUCUCCGAAGAGAUCAAGUUUUAUGAGUUGGGAGUGGAUGCCAUGGAGAAAUUCCGUGAGGACGAGGGCUUCGUUAGGGAGGAAGAACGUCCUUUACCUGAGAAGGAAUUCCAGCGUCAGAUCUGGCUGCUUUUUGAGCACCCAGAGAGCUCCGGUCCAGCCAGAGGGAUUGCUAUAGUAUCUGUUAUGGUCAUUCUGAUUUCUAUAGUCAUCUUUUGUUUAGAGACUUUACCUGACUUGAAAGAAGACCCUAGGGGUCGGUUUAAGACUGUAGGGAACCAUACUUUUUUCUACAAACCAAACAUCCUAACCGAUCCCUUCUUCAUUAUUGAAACUCUUUGCAUUAUCUGGUUCUCGUUUGAGUUGUUAGUGCGUUUUUUCGCGUGUCCAAGUAAGGCGGUCUUCUCCAAAAACAUGAUGAACAUUAUUGAUAUAGUGGCCAUCAUUCCUUACUUCAUCACACUGGGAACGGAGCUGGCUGAGGACCCCGAAGACCAGGACGAGGGCAUGGGGGAGCAGGCAACAUCUCUGGCCAUCCUCAGGGUGAUCCGUUUGGUCAGAGUGUUUAGAAUCUUCAAGCUGUCACGACAUUCCAAAGGAUUGCAGAUCCUGGGACAGACCCUCAAGGCCAGUAUGCGCGAGCUCGGAUUGCUGAUCUUCUUCCUCUUCAUUGGAGUCAUCCUGUUCUCCAGCGCGGUGUAUUUCGCAGAGGCCGAGGAGAAAGGGUCGCACUUCGGCAGCAUCCCAGAAGCCUUCUGGUGGGCCGUGGUAUCUAUGACAACUGUGGGCUAUGGGGACAUGGUGCCUGUCACUAUAGGGGGUAAGAUAGUGGGCUCCCUUUGUGCCAUAGCUGGUGUGUUGACGAUUGCGCUCCCAGUGCCUGUCAUUGUGUCCAACUUCAACUACUUCUACCACAGGGAGACCGAGGGAGAGGAGCAGGCCCAACUCUUAAACGUUAGUGAACCAAACAUUAGUGAAAGCAAUUCUAGUCGCCGUAGCUCAUCCACUGUCAGCAAAUCAGAGUACAUGGAGAUUGAUGGAGAUAUAAAUAAUAGCAUCGACAAUUUUAGAGAGGCAAACCUCAGAACUGGCAAUUGCACUAUAGCCAACCAAAACUGUGUAAAUAAAAGCAAGCUGCUCACAGAUGUGUAG